UACAAAGUAGUCGAACUUUUGCGCUGCAUUACGUCGGAUCUCCAUUCUCGUCGGCAAGUUUAUUUUACUCGUUUCGAACACUAUAUUAUUAAUUUUCGAUGUAAUUUUUUUAUCUGUAUAGAGUGACAUAUGAAUUUGUAACAUUGGAUUCGCCAGGUUUAAUUUUCGUCAAUUAUCAUAAUGCAUCGUCGUCCAGUUGUUCGUCACUGGGCCAGCGAUACUUUUGUGAAAAGGCCGUUGUUUCGUUUUUGUCGCUUUCUUAUCACCAUAUGGUUAUUUAUCAAUUGCUCGACGUACUUUUCAAAUGCUCAGCCCAGACCGGCACCAUUUACUUCGACUGGUCUUCCGAUAUUACGUGAAAAUUUCACCUCAACGACUGCCUCAAAUAAGAACGAUACCGGAAAUGAUACCAAAGUUUUUAUUACCUUCAAAGAAGGAGAUCAUUAUCCAACUGUGGGUUUUCCUUUCGGAGAUGCCGGAGCUUUAAUAUUUCCAGUUGUGAUUAUGGCGUAUUUAUUCCUAUGUCUUACCAUCGUAUGUGAUUGUUUCCUAGUACCGUGUAUCCAAAGCAUAUCGAGCGCUCUCGAUUGGAGUCCAGACGUAGCCGGCGCAACAUUAAUGGCGGCAGCUUCCUCAUCGCCGGAACUUUUCGUCAACAUUUUAGCAACAUUUCUCACGAAAAGCGACGUAGGCGUUGGAACUGUACUCGGUACCGGACUAUAUGCUCUUCUCAUAGUUCCUGCUCUUUGUAUAUUGUUUACUUCAAGUAAGAUGUUAAAACUAGACUAUUGGCCGAUUACUCGAGACACUUUGGCAUAUCUGGUUGCCUUGCUCGCACUGGUAGUGACUUUAGCUGAUGGUGAAAUCCUGUGGUAUGAAGCUGCUAUAUUAAUAACCAUUUACUUGAUUUAUUUAUUAGUAUUAUAUUGCAACGAUGACCUGCGAUUUAAAUUUGAAACUAUGAUGGCGGCCAUUCAUCGAAAACGCACCGCUGCCAGACUGAUCGAGCCGAUUAUACCUCUGUUACAGAAACCAGGUCGUCUGAAAAUUUCCAUGAGUGUGGAAGAUGUAUUUUACGUGUUGGAAGAUCAUACUCCAGAAUUCUACACGAUGGCUCAAUGGCCCACACACCGCAGCUUAUGGGCGAAAAUCGAAUGGAUUCUGAUGUGGCCAAUAAUCACCAUCCUACGGAUGACCAUUCCAACCUUCUGGAAUAGCAGGUAUUCGAUCCUGUACGUAAUUACAUUCGCAAUGUGCGUUGCAUGGAUUGGCGUCUUAUGCUACAGUAUAUCAUGGAUGAUAUACUUAAUCGGAAAUAAACUCUCAAUGCCGGAGUCGGUCAUGGGCUUGACUCUAUUAGCCGCCGGUAUGAGUAUACCAGAAACUAUAUCCGGAGUUAUUGUCGCUAAUCAAGGUCAUGGAACGAUGGCGCUUAGCAAUGCCUUUGGUUCGAAUACUUUCGCAAUUCUCAUGUGUCUCGGAGUUCCCUGGUUGAUUAAAAUAUCAUUUUUCGAAAAAUCGCACACUGGAAGCAUAACCAUAUCUUCCGGAGGUAUCGAGUACACCGCUUGCAUCGUCGUCAUUGCAUUAAUCGUAGUUUUUACAAUAUUACUAGUGAACCGGUUUCGUUUAAAGAUAAAGGCUGGAUGGCUGUUUGUUCUACUGUAUUUGAUAUUUAUCGGCGUCAGUAUCUACAUAGAAUUGCAAUUUUUUUGGCUGGAGAAUCAUUGAAAAAAAUCAUCUUCGAGCUCACACAUUAUACUCUAGUCCCAGUUUAUCGUCGCUGACUCGAUAAAUUACCAACUGAUAAACAUAUCAAUCGAAGCAUUUACCUAAUUUGAAUUAAUUUUUUCACUAAAACGAAGACACUAUGAAAAAAUUCCGACUUGUUUGUACCUCGAGGAGAGGUGAAAAAAAUGGCAAUUAUCUAUCGAACGUUGUUAAAAUACAAAUACAGAUCAACUUUAUACUAUAGUAUAGCCAGGCUGCAUGUAAUACAAAUAUAAAUACCAUAGACACGAGUGGAUUACACCUCUACAGCUAUACGUAUUACGUCGUUAGUAAAUAAAUCAUGAAAUGUUUCACGCAGGUAUUUAUAAAUUCAAUGUUUUUUUUUUUAAUUCUCAUUUUCUUAUAAAGACAAGAUAAAUGGUGGCCUUAGCCAGGCGAACUGUCAAACUAGGGCAUCUUGUAUAAUUUUAAAAUUUUGUUUACCAAUUUUUAAUUUUAUGUGUGGAUAUUUUACGUGUAUUUUUUUGUAUUUUUUAAGAAUUGCUUUUUACCCAAAUGAUGAUUUUAAUAAAGAUUUUUUUUCGAA